AUGGAGCAGGAUUUCUUCACGGGAGCAGAGCAGUCGGUGCCAGUCGAGAACCCCCAGUCGACUGCUGGCGCUCAGGGCGGAGACAACUCGCGCAAGCAUCCCAUCGCGGUCUUCUUCCACCUGGCCUUCAAGAUUUCCGCCAUCGUGCUGUACCUGGUCAUCAAAUUGAUCACCGACAGCUUCAUCCUUUCCUUCAUCAUCAUCGUACUGCUGCUCGCUGCCGAUUUCUGGACAGUGAAGAACGUGACCGGUCGAUUGCUCGUCGGGCUGAGAUGGUGGCACUACGUCAAGGAGGAUGGCACCAACGUCUGGAUGUUCGAGUCCUCCAAGAACCCCAUCAAUGCUGUAGAGGCUGUCAUCUUUUGGACGGCUCUGGUAGGUACUGUGCCGGUGUGGGUUCUGCUCGCCAUCACGGCUCUCCUUGGCGCUCAGCUCCAAUACCUCUUCCUGAUCGGUGUCGCCCUCGUGCUGAGCCUGGCCAACAUCAUCGGCUACGGCAAGUGCAUGAAGGACAAGAAGCAGAAGAUCAAGUCCAUCGCCACCUCGAUGGCUGCCGACUACGUCGUCAACAACACCUUUUCCUAA